AUGUCCGUCCCUCCAGUCCCAACCGUCGUCAUCAUCGGCGCCGGGGUCAUCGGUCUCUCUGCAGCCGUAAGCCUACAGCAAAGCCUGAGGGAGACGCCGGGCCGUCGGCCCCAGAUUCUGAUGGUCGCCCGGGAAUGGCCGGGCCCGGCGGUCCCCGGCGCGCCUCACCAGCACCCCGUACACUCGGCCGACUACGCCUCCAUGUGGGCGGGCGCACACGUGCGUCCCAUCCCCGCGACGACGCCGCAGCUGCGGAGAGAGGCGGGCUGGCUCAGGCGCACAGUCGCCCGGUUCCACCGCCUGGCGGCCGAGGAGCCAGCCUCGGGCGUGACGCGGACGCUUGGGCUGGAAUUCCUCGAGGCCCCAGACCAGAGCUACCGGGAGCAAGUGGACGCGGCCACGUUCGCGCGCGAAACCGGCCUCCCGGGCUUCAGGGUGCUUCCGAGCGCGGAGCUGCCCGACGGCGUGGCGCUGGGGCUCGAGUACCAGACGUUUUGCAUCAACCCGCCCGUCUACUGCGAGGCGCUGCUGCGAAAGUUCUUGCUCGGCGGCGGCAGCACGGCGCGCAGAGACCUGGGCAGCGAGUGGGAGGCAUUUGGGCUGGCCGACGACGUGGUGCUCGUCGUGAACGCGAGCGGCGCCGGGUUCGGGGACCCGAAGUGCUUCCCGACAAGAGGCCAGACGGUUGUCACGGACCUCGUCCACGUCCAGAGCACCGUCACCAGGCAGAACAAGGACGGGACCUGGAGCUUUUUGAUCCCUAGGUUCCUCGACGGCGGCACCGUCGUGGGCGGGACCAAAGAACCGUCUGACUGGCGGCGGGCGCCGUGCAUGCCGACCAGGCAGAGGUUACUGGAGGAGGGGCUCAAGCUGGAGCCGCUCGCCCACGCGGAUGGCAGAGUCCCGCCGACAAGGGCCGUGGGCGAGGUUGGCGUCGUGGCAGAUGUUGUGGGAAGGCGGCCCACGCGCCACGGAGGAAUGAGACUCGAGCUUGACGAGCGGCGCAUGCCUCGGCACGCAAACGGGGAGGACGUGAGACGUCGUGUGAUCCACGCCUACGGUGCUGGAGGACGGGGGUACGAGACCAGCUGGGGUGUUGCAGACGAGGUCGUUGCCUUGGCGUUGCCUCUGUUGAACUCGGCCGGGACCUUGUCAGACCCAGAGUCUGUCAAGGGCACUGCAGAUUGA